AUGACCGGACAUAGUACCCCAUUCAUCUUAUAUGCCCUUCCGGCGUCUCCUUCAGCACACGUCGUCUACCCCAGAUCAAAGUUCCUGCGUGGAUGCUCACUAAUGAACACGGCUAUCCGACAUGUCGUCAAGGCUGACUAG